AUGCAGUUCCUCUCCGCAUACUUGGCUCUCAUUGCCGCAACCUCCAUCGCCGCCCUCCCCCUCAACAUCAACCUUGGCGCAUACUCUCCCGCCUUGGUGGUCGGUGAUGGUGAAAUCUCAUUCGGAGGCGAGGAAAACGCAGAGGCUCUUUUGAGCACUCUCGCCGGAGCCUCAGCAGGUGUCGAAGGUGCCGCCGCAGGCCUUCAAAGAGCCGAGAAGCGUGAGGAGGACUCUCCCGUCGAGAAGCGCGACCUCGCUGGCUUCAAUGCCGCUCUCAACUUCGCUACUGGUGCCUUGAGGACCAGCCCUGGUGUCCAACUCGGUACUGGUGAGGGUGGAUCUGGUAUCGGUAUCAAGGUCGAGCCUGGAGUCGACGCCGGUGUUGCUGCCCCAGCUGCUAGACCCGCUACUCCAGCUGCACCUGCCGCCGAGAAGCGCGAUGCACCAGUUUCUGUCUAA